AUGGAGGUGGACGUGCCGGGUCUUGAUGGUAGAAACGGUGCCUGUGAGCUGCGAGGCUUGAGAUGAGAAUGAAGGUGGAACCUUGUUGUGUGGCCUCAAUCAGGAGCAAACGGGCUUCACAAACACUCUUACUGGUUGGACCUUUGGCUCUUCAUCCUUUUCGAUGUGGUGGUGUUUCUCUUUUUGUAUUUUUUUGCCAUGACUCGUUUCAUGACGUCUAAAUUAAGAAGUUGGUUCUUGAAUGAAUUCUAAAAUGACUACAAACUUCUUGAAUAAAGAAGACAGGACCCUCAACAGAAGAAUUUCAAAUCUCCAAGAGACCCUUCCUUUCAUUUUACCCUUGGUUACUAAUUUGCAGAACUCUAUUAAGUGGGUGGGAUCUCACCUAUUCGUAGUUAGGUUGUUCAAAUUAAACUCUUUGGUUCAGGUUUAAAACUUUUCAAAUAUCUGAUAGCUUUACAGGUGCUGAAUAUGAAAGCAUUUGUGCUU